AUCUAGGAAGCUGGCGUGGCGCAGCCUGAGCGUGUACCGGCCUGUGGGCGGGACUUCCGGUUCGUUGAAUCGCCUUCCGGCCGUGCUUGAUGGUUCUGGCCGGUCUCCUGACAUGAAGCGGCCUAGAUCCAGAGGUUGGUUCCUGCUGUGACAUGCCUGCCAUGUGGCCACUUCUUCAUGUCCUCUGGCUUGCUCUGAUGUGUGGUUCUGUUCACACCACCCUGUCAAAGUCAGAUGCCAAAAAAGCUGCCUCUAAGACGCUGCUGGAAAAGACUCAGUUUUCAGAUAAACCUGUCCAAGAUCGGGGUCUGGUGGUGACAGACAUCAAAGCUGAGGAUGUGGUUCUUGAACAUCGUAGCUACUGCUCAUCAAAGGCUCGGGAGAGGAACUUUGCUGGCGAGGUCUUAGGCUACGUCACUCCAUGGAACAGCCAUGGCUAUGAUGUUGCCAAAGUCUUUGGGAGCAAGUUCACACAGAUCUCACCAGUCUGGUUGCAGCUGAAGAGACGUGGUCGUGAGAUGUUUGAGAUCACAGGCCUCCAUGAUGUGGACCAAGGGUGGAUUCGAGCUGUAAAGAAGCAUGCCAAAGGCGUGCGCGUAGUGCCUCGGCUUCUGUUUGAAGACUGGACUUACGAUGAUUUCCGAAACGUCUUAGACAGUGAGGAUGAGAUAGAAGAGCUCAGCAAGACUGUGGUACAGGUGGCAAAGAACCAGCAUUUUGACGGUUUUGUGGUGGAGGUCUGGAGCCAGUUGCUGAGCCAGAAACAUGUAGGCCUCAUUCACAUGCUUACUCACUUGGCUGAGGCGCUGCACCAGGCCAGGCUGCUGGUCAUUCUGGUUAUCCCGCCUGCUGUCACCCCAGGGACGGACCAGCUGGGCAUGUUUACACACAAGGAGUUUGAACAACUGGCCCCCAUACUAGAUGGCUUCAGCCUCAUGACAUACGACUACUCCACCUCACAGCAGCCUGGCCCUAAUGCUCCAUUGUCAUGGAUUCGAGCCUGUGUCCAGGUCCUAGACCCCAAGUCACAGUGGCGAAGCAAGAUCCUCCUGGGAUUGAACUUCUAUGGCAUGGAUUAUGCAGCCUCCAAGGAUGCCCGUGAGCCUGUCAUUGGAGCCAGGUACAUACAGACGCUGAAGGAUCACAGACCCCGAGUGGUAUGGGACAGCCAGGCCGCGGAGCACUUCUUUGAGUACAAGAAGAAUCGCGGCGGGAGGCAUGUUGUCUUCUACCCAACUCUGAAGUCUCUGCAGGUGCGGCUGGACCUAGCCAGGGAGCUGGGCGUCGGGGUCUCCAUCUGGGAGCUGGGCCAAGGCCUGGAUUACUUCUAUGACCUGCUGUAGGCUGGAAAGCAACCCCCAAGUGACUGGACUUUUCUAAGCCAUGGAGUGACUGGUGAAAUAUAGGCCUCUUCUCUGUUGACCACAAGACAGCUGCUGUGGGUCCACGUGCGUGGGUGUCUCCUGAGCCAGGAUAACCAGAAGAAAGGUCCUGGGCUCCUUUCUACUCACUGCGCACUGCUGCCUGCAGUGGGCCAGGUGAAAACACAACUCCCAUCCCCUAGGCCAGCCCGGCUCUGGGCUCAGGUCUCUUGAGUGCUUUGCAGGCCUGUGUGGGAUGUGGGCUUGGAAGAUGUGAACAAUCACAAACUUCUAGACAGCCCUUCUUAGCAUCACCCUAAAGCCCGACAAAGGCAGUGCAGAGGGCCCUCCUCCAUAUAAUAAUUACCUGCCUGCCAUAGACACGGGAUACAUUCAAGGUGCCUGGUGCUUGGAGCAGUUUCUUCACUUAUCCCUACUGGGAUUGAUGUGACCAGGUCUGGGACCAUUUUGGAAACUGUAUUUACUUCUGUGAAAUGUCCUGGGCCAUAGCCCAUACUGUGUCCACCAGAUGACAAGAUAGCGUCAGCCCAUGCAUGGGGCAGCAAUAGGACCUGUGGGCUGAGUGGGACAGAUAUCAUGAGAUCAGAAGAGGUUUAUCUAUCUUAAUGAACAGCAACAGGCUGAUCCAAUGUUGGGGAGAUGUCCAAGACUUGUAAGGCACCAACAGGUGAAGAAUAAUAAGACCUACUUAUUUCUUUA